AUGAACCCCGAGAAACUCGCUAAGCUCCAGGCCAACGCCAACCGCUCCAAGGGUGCCCCCCGCCGCGUCGUCAAGAAGGUCCACCGCCCCGUCGCCCAGGAUGACCGCAAGCUCCAGGGUGCUCUCGAGAAGUUGGCCCUUGUUGCCCAGCCCUACGUUGAGGAGGUCAACAUGUUCUUGGAGGAGGGCACCGUCCUUCACUUCCGUCAGCCCAAGGUCCACGUCUCGGCUGCCUCCAACACCUACGCCAUCUACGGCCGCGGUGAGGAGAAGGAGUUGACUGAGCUCGUCCCCGGUAUCUUGAACCAGCUCGGCCCCGACUCCCUUGCCUCGCUCCGCAAGCUCGCUGAGUCCUACCAGCAGUCCGCUGCCGGCCAGGCUGCCCUUGCUGCCGAGGGUGAUGAUGAGGUCCCUGACUUGGUCGAGUCCUUCGAGGAGGCUUCGAUCGAGGAGACCAAGGAGACCACCGCUUAA